CCGCCUCCACCGCCCUCCUCUGGGGCUGGCAGGGCUGAGAGAGGCCUCCUCCCCUCACAGGGGCAGACUGAAGCUCCAGCACCGAGUGGAGCAGACUAUGUGUGCAAGGUUCCUGGCGUGGUGCUGGCUCUGAAGGCAGGAAGAGAAGGGGUGGUGGCCAGAGCUAGUCUGAACGACGCCCCUGCAGACCCCCAGCCUGCAGCUGCGGGCAGGACGAGGAUCUCGUCUCAGCGCGAUCCCGGACGCGGAGGUCGCCCAUAUUAACGCACCCAGUGGAAAGACGAGGGAGACCCAGCUUAAGAACAGUUAAAGUAAUGGUGACCCGAGCGGUGCCGCAGUGGGGAGUUUGGAGCCUAGUUAGUGAUGGUUCUCAUUCUUAAGGGAUCCUGAUCCCCUGCGAAGAGGGAAAGCGUGCGAAGCCCUUCGUCAAAGCGGCUUUUCCUGCUCCCCACGGGAGAUGGCACCCGGGGGUGGGACGCAGGAGUCAGGCCCGCGCUCCAGCUGGGCAAGCCCGCCGUGAGCCCUCCGCGUGGUUCAGGGCGGCGCCCGAGGUAGUCUGGCGGGUCCCUUGGGAGCGGGGCGGGCGGCGGCCCGGGCUCCUCCCUCGUCAGCCCCUGGCCUCGCUGCUCUUAACCCGCGCGCGGAAACCGGGGGCGCCCGAGCCACUGGGCUCCCUGGAGCAAACGAGCGGUCAGCGCGGAGCCGGACACCAGCAUGCCAACAUGGAUGACAACAUCAAAGUCUUCACCACCUUCCCCUACCUGCUCUUCAUCUUCGAGUUUGUCUUUGGGGGCCUCGUGUGGAUCCUGAUCGCCUCGUCCCUGGUGCCCCUCCCCCUGACCCAGGGCUGGGUGAUGUUCGUGUCCGUGUUCUGCUUCAUAAACACCACUGUCCUGUUCUUCUUGUACGUAAUUAGUGGCAACUAUGAGGAGACUUCCUGGGUCUUCCUGGAGGCAGCCUACCACUGUAUUGCCUCCGUGUUUUAUCUCAGCGUCUCCAUCCUGGAAGGUUUGGCUACUAUCGUUAUACAUGAUGGCUUCGCGUACGAACAUUACCUUGAGAAUGUUUUUGCUACGGUGUUUUCAUCCAUAGCCACUCUGCUGUACGUGGAACAUGCAUGGUUUUCUUUAAUCAGAUGGAAGUGGUUUUCCUUAAGGAGGAAAAAAACUUCAUCUGAAAACCCAGACGGUGUUAACUGAUUGGCCGCCUUCCAGCAUAACUUUUUAGCAUGCAGAAAUGCUCUCCAUGGUGGAAAAAAGAAACCAAAA